GAGUCCCCAGCAACAUGAGGCGAGAAUGUCCAAACUAGCUAAAACUCCGCUGGUAGGUCCUUGUAAUGAAGGGGUGGUUGAAGUAGAUGGGGAGGUGUGUAAGGCUCUAAUUGAUUCCGGCUCUCAAGUAACUACAAUUACAGAUGAGUUUUGGGGCAGACACCCAAUCUUAUGUUCUAAGAGAGUGCAGCCAUCAGAAAUCCCAAUUGAAGGUGCCGCUGGUCAACCCGUAUCUUAUGUUGGGGUACUCUGUAUAAACCUGAAGUUUUUAGGAAGAGCUUAUGUAAAUGUUCCUGCUUUUGUUGUUCCUGUAACAGAGUACCGAUCCAGUGUUCCAUUGCUCAUUGGGACUAAUGUCAUACGUGCUUUCAGAAAUGAUCUCCGAGCAACACAUAGUAGCAAAUACCUGGCCAAUGUGAAGCAAACUAAUCCUGAGUGGCACUCAGCACUGGUGUCCAUAGGUAAAAGUGAACCUUGUGGGAUUAAUGGCAAAGUGGGUCAAGUACAGUAUGCUGGUGAUGCAAUACAAAUACCAGCAGGAAGAGAGCUGGAUGUUGUGGGCAGAGUAAUGGGUGGGCUAAAGAGGACACAAUACACUGUUUUGGUGGAGAGCCAAUGUUUGAAAAAAGUACCAGAAGGUAUUGUAAUUGCCAGACUGCUAGCUAAUGUGAAAAAGGGUUAUGUCCCUAUUCGUCUCUUGAAUCUUUCGGAAAAAGUUGUGACUGUGGAGCCAAGGACCCUGCUGGCAGAUGCUUUCUUGGUCAAUGAGGUAUUUGAAGAGGGGGAUGAGGGCAAAAUACUAGGCCAGAAACAGAUCAUGGAUCAGAAUCUGUGUGAAAAAAACUCAGUGACUGCAACUUGUCAAAGUCAACAACAGGUUACCAGUGCUAAAAACGAGUUUGAUAUGUCAUGUGGAGUUGACCUUAGUGCCAUCACAGUGGAAGGGCAGGAGCAGUUGGAUUUACUGCAAGAUUUAUUGAGGAAAAAUUCUGAUGUCUUUUCCAAACAUUCCAUGGAUUAUGGUCAUACUACUACUGUGCAACACGAGAUUCCUCUGGUAGACCCAAAGCCAUUUCGCCUCCCUUAUCGGAAGAUACCUCCCUCACAGUACCAGGAAGUUCGGAAAGCCAUAUCGCAGAUGGAAGAGGCUGGAGUUAUACGCCCAAGCAAAAGCCCUUAUGCGUCCCCUAUUGUUGUGGUAUCAAAAAAGGAUGGUUCCAUGAGGAUUUGUGUGGACUACAGAAAGCUGAAUUCUUGUAGCACCAGAGACGCUUUUCCUUUACCAAGAAUAGAGGACGCAUUAGAAGCAUUGGGUCAAGCAAGUUACUUCUCGGCUCUGGAUCUGACAUCUGGGUAUUGGCAAGUGGAGGUGGCCGAAAAUGAUAAGCAUAAAACUGCUUUCAGCACACCAAUGGGGUUGUACGAGGCUAAUAGGAUGCCUUUUGGUCUACAAAAUGCUCCCUCAACGUUCCAAAGAUUGAUGACUUGCUGCUUUGGUGACUUAAACUUUUAGAGCCUCCUGAUCUACCUUGAUGACAUAAUUAUCUUCUCUAGAACAUUCGAUGAGCACCUUGAAAGAUUGGAGGAAGUGUUCAACCGCCUCCGCAAACAUGGGUUAAAACUAAACCCUACAAAGUGUUGCCUGCUGAGGAAAGAGGUUCAGUACCUUGGCCAUGUAGUGUCAUCGGAGGGUAUACGGACUGAUCCUGAGAAGAUAAGUAAAGUCAGGGAUUGGAAGCGGCCGUCAACUGCGAAGGAAGUGCUAAGGUUUCUUGGUUUCUCAGGGUACUACAGACGAUUCAUCAAGGGGUAUUCUGCACUGGCAGCUCCCUUGUAUGCUCUGACAUCUGGAGACCCUAAGUGCAGGAAAAAAAGAGGGGUAAAGGGACCACCUCGCCCUCCUAAACCAUUUGAGUGGUCUGUCGAAUGUGAGGCAGCUUUUGUGACAUUAAAAGAGAAGCUGACUACUGCUCCCAUUUUGGGCUACCCCAACUACAGUUUACCAUUUUUGUUGCAAACUGAUGCUUCAAGGGAUGGUCUUGGGGCUGUCCUUGCCCAAAUUCAAGAUGGUGCAGAGCGAGUGAUUGCUUAUGGGAGCCGGGGCUUGAGUCCACCAGAAACCCGCUACCCAGCGCACAAGUUAGAGUUCUUGGCUCUGAAGUGGGCUGUAACUGACAAAUUUUAUGAUCAUCUCUAUGGACAUACAUUCUCUGUUUUGACUGAUAACAACCCACUCAGAUAUGUGAUGAGCACAGCCAAAUUGGAUGCCACAGGCCAACGUUGGGUGUCACAGCUUGCCAUAUUUGACUUUGACAUCCAGUAUAGGCAAGGAAAGUGUAACUCUAAUGCCGAUGCACUGUCAAGAAUGUCUAGCCAAGAAGUCGUAAAAGCCCUCCAGUCCUGUCCUCAACGGAUCCUUCCUCAGGGGAUUAAAGAAAAUAGUAACACUGGCCAAGGGGAGCGGGAAGCAGGUGGUGGUGUGCAAGAUGAGGUGGCAAUUGAGAGCCAAGGGGAGACUCUGGAGGAGGUUGGAGAGAGGGCAGACAGAUUUGAAGGAGCGGGAACGGAUGCACUCCCUGCGAUGACGAAGCUGGAGAUCAGGCAAUGUCAAAAACAAGACCCUGUUAUUGGUCCAGUCCUGUAUUUAAAAACACUGAAUUGUAAGCCACGGCAAGGAAAGAGGUUGGAGGAAGGAAAACAAACACGGCUUCUUCUAAAAGAGUGGAGGAAGUUAGUGGUCAGAGAUGGAAUUCUGUACAGACAAGUUCAAGGUGGUCAGGGAAGGACUAUUGAUCAAAUGCGAGAGGUGGCUAGGACAAGUCUUCAUGAUGAUGCUGGUCAUUUAGGUUUUGAGCGCACCCUGAGUUUGUUCCGUGAGCGAUUUUAUUGGCCAAAAAUGCACUGUGAUGUGAAGUCCUGGUGUGAGCAGUGUGAAAGAUGUUGUUUAAGGAAGACUCCAACUGCUGGAAAGCGAGCUCCGUUGGUGAGCAUUCACACUAAUGCGCCUAUGGAACUUUUAUGCAUUGAUUUCCUGGUCCUGGAAAAGUCUAGGGGAGGUUUUGAGAAUGUCCUGGUGGUCACUGAUCACUUCUCAAGAUUUGCCCAGGCCUACCCCACAAGAGAUCAGAAGGCUGUCACAGUGGCAAAGGUGCUGUGGAAGAACUUUUUCUGUCGAUUUGGUUUCCCAGCAAGACUCCAUGCAGACCAGGGGCGCAAUUUUGAGAGUGCAGUGGUAAAGGAACUGUGCAAGCUAAUUGGAGUCACAAAGACUCAUACCACCCCUUACCACCCACAGGGGAAUGGGACUACGGAGAGGUUCAACAGAACUCUCAUGAAUAUGUUGGGAACUCUUGAUCCUGAGAAAAAAUCUCAGUGGCAUGAAUAUGUUGAUGCAAUGACUCUUGCUUACAACUGUACUCAACAUGAUUCAACAGGUUUCUCUCCAUACUUAUUGAUGUAUGGCAGACAUCCCAGACUCGCAGUUGAUCUUGUUUUUGGGUUGUCUACCACCAAAGGGCAAUGUGAGUCCAAUGAAUAUGUCCAAAAUCUGCAUGAAAGCUUGACUUUUGCAUAUGAUCAGGCAGAUAAGAUGUCAAGGCAUGCUAAGGAUCUUCAGAAGAAGCACUAUGAUAAAAAAGUGAAGGAUUACGUGUUUGAAACUGGUGACAGAGUGAUGGUCAAAGUAUGUCAUGUAGAAGGGAAGCAGAAGCUGGCUGAUAGGUGGGAGCCCCAUCCUUAUGUUGUGGUAAAGAAACAGCCAGGAAUUCCAGUGUAUGUUGUUCGAUCAGAAGAUGGUGACAAGGAAAGAGUGGUCCACCGCAAUCUUCUAACUCAGUGCAUGUUCUUCCCAGUUGAAAAGACCUACCAAGAUCAAGUAGAGUCUGAAAGUGAGGGACAAGAUGAAGUGGAGACAACUGAUGAUGUUUCUGAUGAGGUGGAUAUGGAGAAAAUAGACAAAAGUGAAGGACAGGAUGAAGUGGAGGCACCUGAUGAUGUUUCUGAUGAGAAUGAGGUGGAUUUGGAGAAAAUAGACAAAAGAGUGGAUGGUUCUGUAAACUUGUCUUCGAGCAAUGAACCUGUGGACAUUGUGGAAGAAGGAGAAGAGACUGUGAGUCCUUUGCAAGAAACAAUAAGUGAAAUGGAAAGUGGACACGAAGAGCAUACACUGUUGGAAGUUCCGGAAAUCAGAAAGCCAGAACGGAGAUAUCCUGAGCGGAAAAGACGCCCUCCUAAUAGACUCUCUUUGGAGCUGCGAGUCUUUACAAGAGAAAGUGAUAAUGAAAAGAUUGAAAGAGGAAGUAAAGUCUGGGAAAAGGCUAAAGCGAAGAAGGAGAAGCUGUGCCUUAGCAACACUACAUAUAGACAUGCACACAAUACACACUCACUGAAAAGAACUUCUUAAUGUGUUUAUUUGACUUUAUUUAACAAUUUUUGGAGGGGUGAAUUGAAUAAUGGCUGUGACGCCAUCAAUCAAAGAGGGGGUGGGUGUAGGGAAUAUGUAAUAACUCUUCCUUUCCUCCGGGGGGAGCUGUGUGUUGUGUUAGGGAGAUGGGCUGCUCUUUGGCCUCAGUUGUGUUUCCCUGUGGGAAAGGUAAGGAGGAUUGAUUCAGCUCUAACCAUAAUCUGUUUAAUUUCGUCAAUAAUAAUUGCCAUCCAUGUUAUUUUCUGAGAUAUGUUAUAGUUUAGGCAUUAAUUAAUGUGUAGAUGUCCUUAUUUUUGAUAGAUUGACUUAUAUUUCUGAUAUUUUAGUUGUUUCCAUGCGGCAUAGCAUAUUUUAUGUUGUUUUAGGUUUGAUAAUACAUGUUAUUUGGUUGGUUCUUUAUAUCCUGAAUAUAUUUAACAUUUAUAAUUGCCUGUCAUAUGUUCUAGUUUAUCUUUUCAGUGUUUAAGUUAGUUUGUGAACAGCAAGCUUACUAGUUAUGUAGCUGCAGCAUUUACAUCAUUUAUUUUUGAUCAUUUGUACACUUAGUAAUUAUUUUGUGAUGUACUGAGUUGUGUUUCCCUGUGGGAAAGAUGUUGCAGUGCCAUUUCUGCUGUACAAGUGACAAAAUGAAGAGAGGAGUCCAUUAAAGGGAAAGCUGCUCUGUUUGGCUCAA